AUGUUACUUCAGAAAUCUAGAUUGAAGUGGGAUAACGAAGGCGAUAUGAACAACAGGUUCUUCCAUAGUGUCAUGAAAGAUAGACGGAAAAAGAAUUUUAUUGGUUCUAUCCAAUUUGAAAAUGGUUUGAUAAAAGGAGUAGAGGAAAUUAAGAAUGAAAUUUUUAGAUUUUUCGUUGAUUAUUUUUCCGAAACGGAUCAGUGUCGUCCAAUUCUAGAUAAUGUCCCUCUCAAUUGUUUAUCAGGGGAUGAUAAUAACUUGUUAGAGGCUAAGUUUACCGAGUUAGAUAUCAAAGAGGACUUUUGGGAAUGUGAAGGAUUGAAGAGUCCGGGUCCGGACGAGUAUAAUUCCUUCUUCCUUAGGAAGUGCUAG